AUGCGUGAUCCUUUCUUGAAGUACUCGCUCUUCAGCGACCACGACAGCCUACUGCUGCGGCACAGCCACGAGGUGCUGGUCUCGUUCCUUAUGUACCAGUUCGUGCUGUACCCGGUGGUGGCGCCAGCGGUAAACCGGAUGAUUUUCGGCCAGCACUACACACGGGCGGCACCGCGCACACGGGCGAACUUCGACAUCCACACCGUGUCCACGGUGCAGGCGGUGCUGUGCGUGGGCAUGAUAUGGCCGCUGCUGCGGCUACCUGCGGCGCUGCCGGUGUUCGGGUUCUACGAUGAGUACGCGAGCCUGGUGGCCGCGACGAUGGUAGGCUACUUCGUGUGGGAUGUAUAUCUCUGCACGCGGUACCUGGCGGUAUUCGGCCCGGGCUUUCUGGGCCACGCCCUGGGCUCGCUGGCUGUGCUGCUGUCGGCGCUGACGCCUGCGUUCCAGCCGUGGCUCGGCAAGUUCCUGAUUUUCGAGGCCAGCACGCCGCUGGUGAACGUCAACUGGUUCAUCACACAGCUGGCUCGUGGCUCCACGAGUGCGGUCGUGCCGCGCUGGCUACCGGUGGUGAACGGCCUGCUGCUGCUGGUUACGUUUUUCUGUGUGCGGAUCGUAUGGGGCGUCAUGGCGCUCAUCGCCAUGGACUAUUAUGUGUGGCGCCAGUGGGGCCCAGAGACCCCCAAGCUCGUUGGCUUGCUUGUACCGGCCAUCAAUUUCUUCAUGACACUGCUGAACUUCUACUGGUUUUACAAGAUGGUGCGCAUUGCUAAGAAAAUGGUUCGCGCGUCAAAGCACGUCGCCAAAGUUACUUAA